GGUACUUUUAGGUGCGAAAUCGUACAUCAUAGUAGAAUUCGAAAAAUUUGUAAAUAAGACUUGCCAUUUUUUUUUUGUUUUUGUUUUUCCCGUUUAUCUCUAUAAUGAAAAUUUUAAAUUAACAGUAUAGGUGAUGGCUCAAGUAGGAACAUCUGAAAAUCCUAACAAUACUACAGCUGAUAGUAUUAGAUUAGAAGAUCUUUUUGAUUCCAGCAGGAUACUUGUUAAACCAAAGCUGUAUAAAGCAGUGUUUUAUUUUCCCUUUGCAUUGUUUCUUCUUCUUACUAGGCUGGUAGCUGUCAUUUUUGCUUUUUCAAUUCUGUCACUACUUCCAAAAACAUCUCCAAAGAGAAGUUUGGUGCUUAAAGGAUUUAGUAGAAUCUUGGGCAUUGUUGUUGAGGUGGAUGAUAAGUAUAAUGAUGAGAAUGCAAAAUUGCUAAUUGCCAAUCAUGUGAGCUUGUGGGACCGCCUUGCUGUGAAUGUUAUGUUCCCUUGUUGUUCUAUUGCAAAAGACUUUCAAAUCAGAAAUACUGACGCUUUAUCCUUUUGGGAUGAUUCUGAUAUUCCAUUUCCAAGGGAAUAUACAAUAGAGGAAGUUAGUACUCUUCGAAGAUCCAUUCAAAGUUCAUCAACUCGAGUGUUACAUUUUCCUGAAUUUGCAACAACAAAUGGCAAAAUAGGUCUUCUUAAGUUCCACCCUGGUAUUUUCUCUAUUAAUACUCCAGUUCAACCUGUGUUGAUCCAUGCUUCAUUCUCAUCAUAUAUGACUAUUGCUCCUUCUGUUUUAGGUAGCAAUAUUUGGGCUGAUAUUUUAUGGCCGCUCUUUCUUCCAACUACAUUUUUCAAACUGAAAAUUUUGCCUAGUAUGGUCAAGCUACCUGAGGAAUCAGUUAAUGACUUCACCAGGAGAGUUCAACAAUCAAUGGCCUCUGCUCUGAAUUUGAGUCCUACAGUUUAUACUUCAUCUGAUAAAAAAGAGUUAAUAAAAAGAUUAGAAAUGUCUUCAGCUGCAGCUUCUGUAGCUAGAUCCAGUAUUUCUUUAAAUAUUCCUUCCUCUUCUAAACAUCCAUCUGGUUUACAAAGAUCUUCGCAUUUGUCAAGCUCUCCGCCUCAAAAGCUCUCCAUGAACACUGCAGCAGGAAUAUUUGGAAGGUCCCCUAAAGAGCGCAUGACUUCAUAUCAGGAAAGAAAAAGAAUGCUACUGGAAGCUGCUCGUCAAAAGUACUUAGAAAAACAUAGCAUGUAGGGUUUUUUUUUUUUUUUUCAGUGUGUGAAGGGGACUGGUUGAAAAAGAAUUUAUUUAUUUCUGACUCAAGAUUUGUUAGCCAAACUUUCAAAUACUAAUUGUAUAAAAUAAUUCAAAGUAUGUACAGUAACUGAAGUUUAUGUUUUUAUACAUAUACAUAAUUUUUAUAUAUUAACUGAAUCGACAUAUCUCAGUAUUAUUUAAUAAAAUUAUAACUAAACCUUU